CCGGAAGUGAAUCUGGUAUCUGGCGGAAGACCCAGAUUAAGGCAUGCUGUAAACAAACCUAGUAAAAAAUCAGUCCGGUUAGUAUCCUGCAGUCAAACUAUUACAAAGUGAAGUGGCUAGAAAAAGAAAGCUAAUUUAAUGUCGCUUCUCUUUUAAAACAACACGAGUAGGGUCCAGCUAUCAGUUUGCUAUGUUGAAAUGUUACACACAUCAUUCAGUUAAUGGGGCUUCAUCAUUGAACUGCUGUCAUAGGGAAACUGGUACAGCCGCCUGAUGAGGACUAUGCCUCGUGUCGUUUAUGGGGCCCUUGGACGGAAUUGUGUGGCUUUCAGUCCGAUCACAUUCCAUAGAAAUACAUCAUGGAUAUUAUCCCCUUUGUUCUGCCAUAUAGACACAAAGAAAGUGUGGAUCAGUAGACGCGAUCUUGUACCCAGCCGAGGUAUAUAUUCGGAAAAUGCGGUCAAACAGAUGCGUAAACGUGUUCUUUCCACGGAUGAGAAGUAUGGGAAUGCAGGACAGCAAAUGCAUGAAGUUAACCGGAUUAAGAGGGUUUCAAUAGAAGGAAACAUUGCGGUAGGGAAAUCAACGUUUGCGAAGCUUCUUCGGUCUGCGAGUAAAGACUGGGAGGUCGUACCCGAGCCGGUCACCAAGUGGCAGAAAGUGGACACGUCCCAGCAAUCCGCGAGCAACCUUCUGGAUAUGAUGUACAAAGACCCGCAGCGCUGGGCUUACACUUUCCAGACCUUCUCAUGUAUGACUCGCCUGCGUACGCAGCUGCAGCUGCCUCCCCAGCGCCUACUCCGCGCACGCGCCACGCCUGUGCAGGUGUUUGAGCGUUCCGUCUACAGUGACAGGUACAUAUUUGCACUCAACAUGGUCCAUCUGGGCUGUAUCAGCUCUGUGGAGUGGGCUGUCUACCAAGACUGGCACUCGUUUCUGGUCGAGCAGUUUGGCCGGCGCUUGGAGUUGGAGGGAAUCAUUUAUUUGAAGGCACCACCAGAGAUAUGCCACAAGCGCCUGGGAAGGCGAGGCCGGGAUGAGGAGAAGGGGGUGGAGUUGGCCUAUCUGGAGAGGCUGCACACUCAGCAUGAGAACUGGCUGGUACACAGGAGCACAGAACUGCACUUUGAGCAGCUGAAACGAGUGCCUGUACUUGUGUUGGAUGCGAGUGUUGAGUUUGCCGAGGACUCGGACGUGCAGAAAGAGUUUAUCAUGCAGGUCACGAACUUCUUUAAUUCCAUUUGAAGGAGCCUUUGGUACAACGAGGGAAACAAGUAUUGGAACAGUAAGCGACUGGUGGAUACUGUGAUGUCACUAAAAAUGAUAUAUAUUAAUGGUUCAUACGCACAGAUACAUAUUGCACAGAUCCGGUAUGUUGAAAUUUUAAUUCACAGACUUGAAGAGAAGAGCGUUACAAGAUCUUUGGGAGCCAAAACUUAGUCUUUUUUUCACUAGCUCUCGUUUUCAAGGAGUAGUUUAAUCUGUACGCCCUGUUACGCCGGUCUGUAUUUUUUAAAAACGGUAUUCUGAAAAACAGCACGACGUAAAUUAAAUCUAAUUACACUAAUUCACGUUCAUGCUGCCAUACGGAUUUAAAUAUAUGCAUUGUAUCUAUAAGAAACUCAUCCUUCCAGAUUCAUGUAAUGUUUCCAGACCUGUUUCCUGUUACUUGUCAUAUUUCGUCUUUUUCAUAAAUUCAAUAAACACCACACUUUACAUAUA